UGGGUGUCGCUUCCUUUCCAGCACUUUACUUGUUCUCUGUCCACCUAGUCCCGGAGCUGGAGCUCUGCUUAGCACGGGGGUGGUCCUGUGGUUGAUUUCUUUGGUGAUGGUGCUGACUUGUGGACUCCCUUUGAGCAGGACCAACCUGGAGGCCUUACAGAAGAAGCUGGAGGAGCUGGAGCUUGAUGAGCAGCAGCGGAAGCGCCUUGAGGCCUUUUUGACUCAGAAGCAGAAGGUGGGAGAGCUGAAGGAUGACGACUUUGAGAAGAUCAGUGAACUGGGCGCUGGCAAUGGCGGCGUAGUAUUCAAAGUCUCCCAUAAGCCUUCUGGCCUAGUCAUGGCCAGAAAGCUCAUUCACCUGGAGAUAAAACCUGCAAUCCGGAACCAGAUCAUCAGAGAGCUGCAAGUUCUGCAUGAGUGCAACUCCCCGUACAUCGUGGGCUUCUAUGGUGCAUUCUACAGCGACGGCGAGAUCAGCAUCUGCAUGGAACACAUGGAUGGGGGUUCCUUGGAUCAAGUCCUGAAGAAAGCUGGAAGAAUUCCUGAACAAAUUUUAGGAAAAGUUAGCAUUGCUGUGAUAAAAGGUCUGACGUACCUCAGAGAGAAGCACAAGAUUAUGCACAGAGAUGUCAAGCCUUCUAACAUCCUAGUCAACUCCCGUGGGGAGAUCAAGCUCUGUGACUUUGGGGUCAGUGGGCAGCUCAUCGACUCCAUGGCCAACUCCUUCGUGGGAACAAGAUCCUACAUGUCGCCAGAAAGACUCCAGGGGACUCACUACUCUGUGCAAUCGGAUAUCUGGAGCAUGGGGCUCUCUCUGGUGGAGAUGGCAGUGGGGAGGUAUCCCAUCCCUCCUCCGGAUGCCAAGGAGCUGGAGCUGAUGUUUGGAUGCCAGGUGGAGGGAGAUGCGGCUGAGACACCACCUAGGCCAAGGACCCCUGGGAGGCCCCUUAGCUCAUAUGGAAUGGACAGCAGACCUCCCAUGGCAAUUUUUGAGUUGUUGGACUACAUAGUCAAUGAGCCUCCUCCAAAACUGCCCAGUGGAGUAUUCAGUCUGGAAUUUCAAGAUUUUGUGAAUAAAUGUUUAAUAAAAAACCCUGCAGAGAGAGCAGAUUUGAAGCAACUCAUGGUUCAUGCUUUUAUCAAGAGAUCUGAUGCUGAGGAAGUAGAUUUUGCAGGUUGGCUCUGCUCCACCAUUGGCCUCAACCAGCCCAGCACACCAACCCAUGCAGCCGGCAUGUGAGUCUUUGAGAAGCAGAGAAGAGCAAGUCCUUGCCCAGUGGCAUGUCAUAUUGCUUUCAGGCCUCUCCCCAUGCUUGUCUCUGUUCAGAUGUGUAUUUCACCUAUGACAAAGGAUGAAGAACACAGCAUGUGCCAAAAUUAUACUUGUGUCAUUUUUACUAUUACUGUCUUUAUUACUAUUGUUAUUCCCCUAAGUGGAUUGGCUUUGCGCUUGGGGCUAUCUGUGUGUACGGUGAUCAAAACACAAGCCUGGCUGAGCCACACUGACACUCUGGCAAUGUGGGUAGUUAUUCUUACUGAUGUUUGCACUGCUGUUCCUGCUCUGUGACUGGCUGUCGCCUAUAUUUUCAGGAUUCUUGGGUAUUUGGUGGUACUUCAUUCUUGCCAGGGGCACCUUCUCUGUUUGAGUGGGGGGGUAGCCUUCUAAGACCCUUCACAGGCAGUGCAUGUGAAGCAUGCUUUGCUGCUAUGAAAUAAAUGAGCAUCAGAAAGUGCACAUCAUGUUAUUGUAUUAACUUUUGCUUUUGAAAAGAAUUCACUUUCCUUCAAAAUCUAGCUAGAGCCCUUCACUGCCAUGAUAGCUGGGGCUUCACCAGUCUGUCUACUGUGAUGAUUUGUAGACUUCUGGUUGUAUUUCUAUAUUUAUUUUUAAAUAGACUGUGUGAGGUACUUAGUGGUGUGUGUCUCUUCUCUUUAAGUUUGGAUUAGUGUUUCUAAAAUGAUGGUUAUUUUGAAUGUCACAAAUGGAUCAAGGCAUUAAAAUGUGUCAUAUUUCUAUCUCCCACCCAAUCCAAGUAUCAAUGCUAUUGUAAACAACGUGUAUAGUGCCUAAAAAUUGUAUGAAAGUCCUUUUAACCAUUUUAAUCCAGAUGUUUAACAAAUCUAAUCUCUUAUUCUAAUAAACACACUAUAAAGUUAAAAAAGAUGAAAGCUA